AUGUCAACCCAAGAUCAUGCCCUUCCUCUGCGCGAAUCUCCCCUGGGCAUAUCUGUGCUCAUUGUCGGCGGCGGCAUAGCAGGCUUGAUGGCAGCACUUGAGAUGUGGCGACAGGGGCUGGAUGUUAAAAUCAUUGAGAGAGCACCAGCUCGGCUUACUGCCGGGGAUGGGUUCACAAUCUCGCAUACGGCAAUGCGUGCAUUCAACAAGUGGCCAUACCUUAAGCAGAAAAACAAGGAAAUUACAUGGAAUCCCUGGCUGGCGUGGCACAAUUUCAAGGGUGAACGUGUCACAGAACCAGUAAGUAUGAAUUUUACGGCUACAAAGGACAACGAGAAAGGAGCAUACGAAGAAACAGAUGGAUUGUCACCCGAAAUGCACCGCCAUAGUCGUCCCAGAUUCCAUCUUAUGCUAGAGACGCAACUCGAGCAAGUUGGAAUAAAAAUACAAUACGGCCAUCGUGCCGUGAGAUAUUUUGAGACCCCCGAGAAACACACAGCUGGGGUUGAGCUGGAUGACGGAAAGAUAUUAGAAGCUGACCUUGUUGUUGCCGCCGAUGGAAUUGGCAGCCACUCGACAAAGAUCACCAUAGGAGAGGAGGUACGUGCUCGAUCGACAGGAAUUUCAAUCUAUAGAACUUCAUACCCCGUUGAGAUUGUGAAUUCGGAUCCCGAGAUAGUGGAGAAGUUUGGAAACGCGCCCAACGGAUCCCCUCUUAUACAAAUGUGGAUGACGGAUGGACUGUUCGCAAGCUUCGCUCGAAAUGAUUUUGAGAUGGGCUGGUCGAUAACCCAUAAGAAAGCAAAAAGUUCAUCAGAAUCAUGGUCUAAGGCCGUCUCUGUAGAAGACGUUUUUGAAAGCAUACCGGAGAUGAACGACUGGCCAGGUUAUGCGCGGCGAGUUAUUGAACUGACACCAAAGGACAAGCUCCUAGAUUUUGAGAUGGUUUGGCGUGAUCCGCAGCCAAUAUGGACAUCUUCCAGUGGAUUGGUUGUUCAGAUAGGCGAUGCAGCGCACACCUUUUUACCAUCUUCUGGGAAUGGUGCCAAUCAAGGCUUGGAGGAUGCCAUUUCCCUUGCAAAGUGCUUGAGGAUUGCCGGUAAAAAGGAAAACAUCCCCGAGGCAACCAAGGUGCACAACAAGCUCCGGUACGAGCGCGUAGCGUGCCUUCAGAAAAUCGGCAUUUGCAACCAGGUGACUCAGUACGGCCACAAAGAUAAGGGCGUGCUUAAUUACACACCCAGGCCAAAAUAUUUACGUAUGCUGAUGGCUCCUUGGACGUGGAAACAUGAUCCGGAGAACUAUGCGGAAGCAAAGUAUCACGAGGCUUUGGGCGCAUUAAAGGAUGGGACUCCCUUUCAGAGCACCAAUAUCCCACACGGACACGUAUGUAAACCGUGGACUUUCGAGUCUGUUAUUAAGGCUAUGGAGGACGGUGGUGAUGCCGAUUUUAACGGUGACUGGGAGAGCUGA